UUACACGUACACACUGCAAUUGCACUCAGUGUGCAGACCCAGACUCUAAAGGGAACACAGAUGUCUUGUGAACAGCACUCAAACCGGCUGGUUGGGUCUAAACCAACUAAAUGGAGAGAUAGCGACAACUACUUGGUGAGGGAUCGAAACUGUGAAACCAUAAAAUUGAGGCUUGAAGAACUUCACAGAGAAUGUCAGACAAACAACAAGUGCAAACCAGAAGACCUUGCUAACUGGAUCAACUACUUUCUGUACAUGGCAGCAAGUCAUGGAUCUGAAGGAGUGUGUAAAUACCUCCUAACAGAACAAGGAGCAAACCCAACAGUCAAGUACACCAAAGGACAAAGUGCCAUCCACAAUGCUGCUAGAUGUGGCCAGGUUCGUGUACUAAAACUAUUUGCUGACAACCGCUGGUCAUUGGAUGAAUCAGAUGACAGUGGGUAUUCCCCUUCUGCUUGGGCUCAAAGACACAACCAACAGCAAUGUGUACAAUUCCAGCAACAAUGGCACCAACCUAAACGAUGGUUUAAUGAAAAGAAUAAGAAAACUACACAAAGUGGUAAGAAUGCUGCUACAAUUACCAGUAAAAAUGAUGUCAAAAGCCACAAGGUUAAUGAGACUUUAGAAAAUCAAGGAAACGUUCACUGCACAGCAUCAGGAGCUGCACAGUUGCUAACCAGGGCGAAUGGAGGAUCAUCAAGUGACAGCACCUUCAUGAACAGAGAUGAUUUUGAGAUGAAGGUGCUCUCUGGCAGCUGGUGCAACAGUAACUCUACCAUGCAAUGUUGGCCAGACAUCAUUGAAAUUUCCUCUGAACAUUGACUUUGUACAAAGCAGCUGAGAGACAAGUAUCAACUGCAUUAUCAAAUGUACAUUAUGACAAAUGUCUGUAUAUUAAACAUUUAGCCUGUUGUAUAUAUAUAUAACUUUACUGGACACAUACCAACAUAUAUAUGUACAUGUCAUUUCUUGUUGACUAUAGCUGUUGUGAACUUGCCAUGCAAACCUCCAUUGUUGUCUUUACUGUAAUACACAACUUGAUUUCCUCAUAACAAAUUCUAUACUGUAGGACACAACCUGAUACCCUAUACUGACUAAUUCCAUAUGAAUGAACUCUAGUUUGCAUCGGUUUGGUUGGAUAAAGAAGACCUUGUGAAAAAGCUUCUCCUGCAGAGAUUUGGUAGCCGCUCAAUGGUACUGGUUUAUCAACUGAAAUUCAUAUAUCACUACUGCAACAUUAACCAAGGUGGUGAAUGUAUAUAUUAGUAAUUCGAGAACAUGGAACUCUGUCUUACACACCUGGCACUCUAGACAGUGCCAUCACUUCUUUAUGGCCUUUUUCCUUAUGGCAUUAACGGCCACUACUUCGAUAACAACUAAAAUUAAUUUUGUAUCUAUUCAAUUCAAUUCACAAAGCUGGUAAAAAGAACUGACAUACCUCUAGAUCUAGAGCUGUAGCAUUUUAUAUGUGUAGUUUUAGACAAAUUUAAUAAAUUACAGUUAUCAAAACUAAGACAAUAAAGAAGCACUAUAGUGUUAAACCCUCGACUGGGGUAGCUGGGGUACAAGAAUGCAAAUAAGUCAUGAGAUACA